AUGCUUGUGAUGCAUUUCGCUGGUCUUGUCAGCCAUUUGGUUGCCCUGAGCAUGGCGAGGGCGCCAUGCAUAAUUCACGUGGUGCAAUGUGGCAGUAGUAGCAUUCCUUGCACAAUGCGCCACAGCUUUAAUUUGGUUGUAGAGUCUUGCACGCUGGGAAGCAAUGCGAGUUGGCACACCUUUGACUUUGCCGGCAACUUGCACAUCUUGAAGCCUGCACAAUGCCCAGUAGCUUUGGUCUUGAUUAUGGCCAAAUCCGAUCUAAUUCGACCAAGCAGCGCUUGCAGAGCAAGUUUGCAUCAGGCUUGGAGCAUCUAG